GCAACAUUUUUGUAAGGUAAUGUGAUGAUUUAUUUAAAAAAUUUGGUAACAAAAAUAAUACCUAUAGUUAACAAUGUUUAUAUAUAUAUAUGAUGAUUUUUGUAAAUUAUUGAUUUAUUAACAAAAAGUAAUAAAAAAAAUCAAUAAUUUACUUAAUUUGAGUAUAGCAAAUAUACAACUACAAUAACAAUAUAUUAUUAAAAUAUUUAUAUUGAUUGCUUUAAGAGUAUACCAGAAAGUUCAAUUUCAACCACAUCUACUUCAAAUCCUCUAGACAUGUUUGUUGAUGAUGCAUGGUUAGAAUGUCCAAUAUACAAUGGUUAUCGUGUUUGGCAUAUUCUAUUUUUCAUUAUAACUAUACUCUUCACAUUAGGUAAUUAUACAAUUAUAUAUUAAUUUUAAUAACUUUAAAAAAUCAAUAAUUUUACAGUGGUGUUAAUGUGCUGUUGUGUGCGAUUUCGAAUUCCCAGGACUAAACAAGAAAUAGAAGCUGAUUUUGUACGCCGUAAGAUUGCGACAAAAUUUUGUAAACAAUUACGACUAUUGAGUGAUACCGAAAUGGACAACAUGGACCUGUUAAAAGGUAUUAAUUAUAAUUAAUUUAUAUCAAAAUAUAUAUAUUAAUUUCACAAUAAUGUGUAGCGAUAAAAAGACUUCAGGCAGAACUUGAAACUGAGACCGGUAAUAAUGUAACAAUAGAGGAGUCAGAUGAAGUGUUAUCUUCAACUAAAACAACUUCGCCAAGUUUAAAGAAGUCUCCUAAAUCAUCGGACUUUGGUAUAAAUGUUAAAUUUGUGUAUUAAACUUGUUCUCAUUUCCACUAAUUUUUAGAUUCUUCUGUUGAAAAGCUAGAUGAAGAACCAGAAAAUGUAUUGAGUGGUCGUUUAGCAACAUUAGUUAACGUUUUAAAUGUUAUGAAACCACGCCGUAAACAUAUAAUUGAUGAAACAUCACCACCAAAUCUUAUAACAGUUUAGUGUUGUAUAUUAUAUACACAGAGUGAUCAACAUAGCGUAACACUCUCAUUAUCUCGGAAGGUAUUAACUUUUUAGAAUAUUUAAUAAUGAAUAGCUCUAAAUUAUUUUUUUUUUUGUCAUCUUUAUUUUAGGGGGUAAAAUCAUUACCUACUUUCCAUUUUCAAAUGGCAAUUAUAUUAAAAACUCUAUUAAUAGACACAGUAUUAGUUUCAAUCAAUUUUAGUGUUGAAAUUUUUAAUUUCUGUCAACCAGUUGACAAAAUUUCCACUUUAAAUUCCGGUAUAGGAAGAAUGGUGGAACACUAUCAAAACACUGUGUUUCACACAAAUGAUACAACACUAUAUUCCUCCUACCUAAAUUAAAAAUGAAAUAUCCCGUCAACAGGUUGACAGAAAUCAAACAUUUUACACUAACAUUUAUUUAAAGCAAUACUCCAUCUAUUUAUGAAAUGUUUGAUAUAGGCUCUCAUUUGAAAAACCAUAGUUUGUAUCGCCACAGGAUACUCCUUAAAUGUUUUAAAAAACUAGGUAUUUGAAAGUAUCAGCUUUAACUACACUUAAAAAUUUAAAAAAUCAGAAUUUGAAUAAAUGCAAAAUUUAAUUUUGGGGUGAGCACGCUUAGUGAAUUACUCUGUAUAUAUAUAUAUUUAAAUAUUUUAAAUGUCUUAAUUAAUCUAUAUAUAUAUAUAUAAUUAAUCUAUAUAAUAUAAAUUAUUAUUUAAAUUGUAUGUUAGUUAUUAAUUAAUUGUACAUUUUUCAUUUCUAUAGUUGCAUAAUAUAUUGUAUAAAUAAAAUAACAAUUAUUUAAUGAUAAAUAUGUGUACAUUAAGUAUAAGUUAAAAAGUAAUUGAUUACUUAUGCUAAUAAUAUAGAUAAAAUAAAUUGUAUUAUGGUUUGAACAUUUUUUAAAAACUGAAACAAUCCAGAUUUUGAAUAAAAUUUCAAAUUGUCUUAAAAUAUUUGUUUAUUAUUUUAAUAUUGCUUAAUUGUAAUUAUUAUUAUUAAAAAUUUUAUUUAGUAAUAUUAAUUUGAUAUUUUUGUUAUUUAUUCUAAUUUAUACUUUAAUUAUUUUAUUGAAAGUUGAAUUAAAUAAUAUUUUUUAAAUUAUAAAUAAAGGCAAAGAAACAAAAAAAUCUCAUCAGUAUUCAUUAUUAAAUUUAUAAUUUUUUCAGGGUAAAAGGUAUUUUAUGAAGGUAAUGCAUGUACUUAUAUUAUUUAAUAUAACAAUUGUAUAAUAUUUAUUAAGGUUUGUAAUAUACAUGUAUACAAAAUUAUAACAACUAAA